GAUACGUUUUGUUUGAAAAAUGGCCGCCGAAUUUCCACGACCAACAUGCUGAGAUUGUCCUUUUAAAUUUUGGGAGUAAAAUUUGCAAAAUGGCUGCUGAAGAGAGGAAUUUUAAAGCAGCCUUCCUCAUUGAUACACGGAGACAAAUCACAUCAAAAGAAAGGCCAUUAGAAGCCGACACUUUUUCCCGGGGAGUACGUUUGUGUGUGCUCAAACUGUUGUCGUAUUUCACCCACAUUCGCGACCACAGUCAACAAGCAAUCACCCAUCUGCGGUGGGGAUUCAAAGUGUUUCACUCGUACGAUUAUCCGCCUUGCAGACGCGACUACCUAAAGCAACUCUCGGUGAGAAACUUCCAGGACUUCGAAGAUCAGCUUUCGGGUGAUUUGGAGGGUCUCGCGUCGUCAAUUCGUGGAAGACGGGCGCCGAAGACUCCGCAGGUUUUGACAGCGACUUCCGUCCGGCAGGCGCUCGACGACGUCCUCCACGAUUUUCAGUGGGACGGACCCGAUGUCUGUUCCCCCGUGAAACGGAGCUCGGCUCCCUCGCCGAGGAGGGGGCUGAGAAUGCGGGGUUCCAACUGCCAACUGUCGAAGUGUGUUUUUCUGAUGAUGCCUUGCCCAGUCAGCCGAUCAGAGAUGGAGGAAUUUUGUGAUUUUGGUCCAGAUGAUCCACUGCCAAGGACCUCAGAGUUUCUUGAAAUGGUUCUUCCAACGAGUGGCGCACAACAGAUCUUUCAAGAUCAAAAUAUUGCUUUGUUUUGGAUUGACACCAGUCCAUGGAUCUCAACAGAAAAGAGGGACAACGAUGGGUUGUCGGUCAUCUCUCUGGCCAUGCGGGAGCUGGGCGGCUGUGUUAUUCCAGUCCAUGCCUUGGUCAGUCACAUGCAGCAUGUCACAACUAGCCUCAUGUCAUCCGUCCUGACCUCGCAAGAGCAGAGCGCGAGUGCCACCGUGACCAGUGGAGCAGCAGAUUGUGAGGUGUCACACCAGGAGAAAGACAAAUCGUCAUCCCUGUCAUCAGUGUCGAGGACAAAGUUGAAGUCCACGGAUUGUCCCCAUGAGCCCAAAGAAACCAGAGUGACAUCUGGGGGAAGAUGUGACCAACAAAAGAAGACAAGAAGUUGUUCUUUCCUUCCAUUUUCAACCGUCAUGGACUAUUACCUGAAUUCAAGAGAGACAGUGCCUUCAGAGCGGGAAAAGUGUCCACGCCUAAAACUGUCAGUUAUUACAGAUGGCAAGGUGACAGAUUUGUGUUGCCUUGAACUGUGCCCUCUUACCAAAGGACCAUCUAGUCCUUCAGGACGUACCUGUAGAUAUGUGCCAUCCCAAAAUGCAACAGCAAGUCCGCUGAAAGCCACAUCCACUGAACUAACCAUCACAGCCCCAGGCUGUAGCCAUGUUUCCAGCGUUACCAAUCAGGAUCCCAAAAUUGUUACCGAUGGCACCGAAGCAUCAGGACCACCUUCCACUGGAACUCCCCACAGAGUCCAAAAUCAAGCUUUCAUAAAGACCAAACUACCAAGUGGUGUCGUGCCCAUUUCACUUUACCAAACCGACGCUGUUUACGCAUGCACAGGUUUUUCUUUUGCUGUACAGUCUGCAGAAAAGAAGUCUGGCCCACGUGAAGACGACAAACUUUCAGGUUGGUUCAGGGAAGCCAUGAUUAGCCUCAGCCAGCAAAAGAAAGUCUUGUUGGUCGAUAUGACACACCCAGAAGUCGGCACACCCGUCAUGGCAGUACUGGAGCCCCUCACGUCCACCACCGCAUCCCUCCGGACUCUGAAAUCAUGGCCUCUCCCCGGGUACGGUUCGACCGGUCUCUGCGACGAGGCCGGCAGGGCAACGAGAGCCAGCAUAAAUAGGAGAAGUCGCAGUGGGGACGACAGGACCAGGAUAACCAGAAUCGCCGAGGAAUGCGUAAAGAGACGAAGUGGCCUGGAAAAAAUGUUGGAAAACCCUCAAGGAGCUGAAGAAACGUCCCACCCAAUUCCCCUGUCAUCCAACCACAGUGAGAUGGUCUCAUUCCGGCCUCAUGUCUUAGAGCCCUGGUAUCCUUACUGCCCGUCAGGUGGUGCAUCUGCCAGACUGCUUGAUAAGCUACAGAGUUUUCCUCUUCGUGACAAACCCCACGACUCCAUGAAUCCCACCUUACCAGGUCAGCUCCUUCAGAGGCUUGUGGAAACGUACAACAGACAGCCUGGCAUCAACAGUAGCCAGAGCACUGCCAUGAAGACCACUGAACCGGUAGAUGGCAAGACAGAGACCCAGGCUAGGCAGCCAGCUGUUGAGCCUGGACCGGUGAGGCAGAGCCCUCGCCUCCAGAGACGCAAGAGUACGAUGAACGUGGGCUUCCGCACGGAGAAAAUCAUGAGCAACAGCCUGCGCAUCCGGGUCACCAAGGAGCCGAGCCCCGCAAAGAGGGACCAGAAGGAGAACCGGGCACCGGGCAGUGCCAGGACCAAGACCACGAUGUUUAAGUGUCCAUCAUUUGACUCUGAGCAGGACGUGAUUGACUGCAUUCAGGCCGCCUACGAGAAAGGAGUGUCAGAGGGUUCUUCAGCGGUGGAUUUUGUACCGUUCAUAACCAGUAUAGUGCUGUCCUACAUGAAGUCCAGUUCCACAGAUUCUGGAGAAAAUGAAGCUGUGGCUAGGGCCAGGGAGCUACUGACACGCUGCCUGCUAGUCUCCAGCAACCAACUGCGGGACAAGUACCAGUCCCGGACCGACGAGUCGGGCAAUCUGCUCAGGGUGCAGGAGAUUGAGGUGCAGGUCCUGCUGCGGCUGGAGAUGGAGGCUAUAUCGCCAACGGAUGUCUCCCUAGGCAAAUGCCAAGCAGUUAGUCAGGAUGACGGCGUGGCUGCUGAAGGCGGACGGGACGAUGAGGAGAAUCAGGAGAGGGGCGGAGUCAGCAGUGCAGAGGAAGAGGGGACCAAACUCCCUGAGAACGUUCAAAAAUUAGUAGAUGAGAUUGUCAAACUUUUGAGAGCUGUUCCCUUCCUGGCUGAUACCAGCAGGCUAACAACCUUCCUCGCCGACAACCUCCUGCAAAACUAUGCUGACUCGUUGCCUCACGUCUUGCGCGUCAUCUACGAUGACCUGAUGCAGCCAGUCCCCUCCAUCUUGCUGUCACCCGGCAGCAGCGAUGUGGCUCUUUCCUCCGUCAAGACCCAACCGCCUCCGUCGUAUCGUUCCUCCUCCCAUGGGUCGUUCCCCGAGCCCUCUGUCUCAAGCAUAAGGACAAGAUCCUUGGUCCGUCAUCCGAGCCUGGUUGAUAUGGGAAGCAAAAGAGUCAUACCGGUCCCGUCAAGGAAUGCCGCCAAGAAAAAGGAUAAAACAAAAGCAAAAGAAGUAAAGGAUGACGCCACUUCGAAUGCCAAGACGGUGCGCAGGAACCUCUUCAUGGGUGGAGCCAAACACAGCCCCAGGAAAGGUGUAGGCGGCAAACUCCCACGACGGCAGAGCGUGGCCGUCAUGCAGAGUGCUCAGAGCACCAGGAAAAGUCCAAGGAGACGCACACCUCAAAGGGCCAAAGCACCCCUGGUGCUGAAGACAAGGGUCGUCAAGGAGACGCCGGGCAAGAAGCAGGUUUUGCAGGCCAUGCUGAAGAAGCAGGAGAGGGCGAGGAGAUUCUCGGCAAAUUCCGGGAGAGUCGUGGUUCCUCCAACCCCCACAAGAGUGAUCGAAGAAUCGCCGCUGAAACCGCCACCUGCCCUGAAUGUUCGUCGCAGUCCACGUGUCAAACCUCGGAAGCCUGGGGACAGGCGCAGCUUCUACUCCACGAGUAGCGUCGCCGACCUGAAGCGGGCCCGCGACUUGGGUUCCAGGAUUGCGGGCAAGGCAACCCCACCUCCCCCUGACAAGCCACUCCCACCCGCAAGCAGGAAGUCGCUGUUGAGUGAGAUCUGCAGUCCAAGGAGCUUACCAGGGACAUUGCCACCAACCCAGGGUGAGCCCGAAUCCUCAAGUCGGAAUACCAGGUCCCAAGUAAAACGGACACCCUCAAAGGAUUUGGUAGGAAAAGCGACCCAAGCCGGAACAAGCCCAAAUGAGACAGGCAAAACAGAGGAUGCAGUGUUCAAGACACCCACAAGAGCUCCUAGAAGGCUAAACAUCAAGUCCCCUCCCAGACUCUCCACCAUUGCAGUUGAGAGCACCUCAGAUGGCCCAAGUGAGGAAGCCAUCUCAAGCAAGGUUUGUGAUCGAGGUAAAGUCACCCUGCAAGAGCCUGUGGUAGCUGAUUGGCCGCUAAAUGUGGACAAGGGUAAAUCACCCAGUGGAUUUGGAGGUAGGCCAGCUGCAAGGGUCACUCAGAAAUCCAGCAACGGAACUGGGGUAGGUGAAGAUACCAGUCCCUGCUCAUCACCUUUAAAGAUGACGAGCCCAUCCCGCACUCCAAAGAGCCAAGGGCCACACACCAGAACGUCCUCUGUAGCAGCCUUGUCUGUACCAGCCCACGCUGUGGAAAUGCCACUCGAAGAUUCCACUUCACAAAAACAACCAGAAAGAGAUGGUGAAAAUGUAGUCACGCCGAGCAGGAGGAGUCAGAGACUUCAGAAGUCUUCCUCGCUUUCCAACCAAGCUAGUGUUUCCACCGUCAACCUCGGCUCACAGCCAGCAGUCAUGGAUGAGGCUGCAGGUGCCAGAACUGAAACAAGCAGGGCAUCAUCAGAGGCUCAAGACAACUCUCUCCAUCCUCCUAGACACCGGAAACGAGCAUUGGCAGACAGAACUCCCUCCCCUAAUUGCAAGACCCUGGCCCACACUCCGUCCCCGCAGAAACUCUCCAAGUCGGCCACCCCGAGCUCCCUCCACGAGUGGCAGCGGAAGAAGAGACUCCGGCGCGACUCGCCCGAGAGGUCCACCUCGCCUAUCUUUUCCAGGGUCACCCCUCCCUCCGCCCAGCGGAAAAGGAAGCCCGCCACCCCGCCUCCCGCACAGUCACCCAAGUUUGGUCGGGUGACGCCUUACUCGGAGAAGAGAAAAAGAGGACUGAAGCUGGGAGGCUCUACCAGGAAACAGAGUCCAGGAACAGUGACGCCUGAAGAAUCCUUGGGGAAAUCAGGCCAGUACAAGCUUGGCAAAGUGCGCAAAGCAAACGUGAAUCUCCUGACUCUGAUGAUGGGUGCAAGUAACGAUCACCCCAUCGCCGGCAAAAUGCAAACACGAAGCCAGUCACGUGAGAGUGCAAAAUCAGCAGGCGCCUCCAGCGACCUAUCGGACUGCCUUGAGGAGCAACAACCUGCAGUAUACACCUUCUUAGAUACCCAUCUGGAUGACUCUGACGACGAUGUCGACUUCCCCAAAAUGAUCUCCCCGAUCCGCCCAAAAGCCAGAGCCGUCGUGACUGACGAAACCUCCCCGGACGGAGUGAGUGAUCGCCCCACAAUAAAAAGUCCCAGCAUGUCAGCCAGGAGUUCCGCGUCAGUCUUCCUCUCAGAGGAUGAAGCGUCCUUUUCCACAGAUGACGUCUUCCUUCAAGCGUCCCCCUCACAUGCCAAGCGGAAGUUAAGGACUACCUCGCUGACCACCGGUGGGUUGUUUGAACUCAUGAACUCACCGUUAGUGGAGUCAGUUCAGAUGAUGUCAAGCUCAGGAUCCAAGGUUUCAUUCGGUAAAAAACCAAGGAAAGGUCGCCAGUUGUACCCAUCUGGUUCCCAGUCAUCGGUCAGUUCCCACAGGUCGUCGUCGCUGGGCCUGAGACGUUUGAGUAGCAAAGAGAGCCCGUGAAUUGGAUUUCAAAACAGUUGGGGAUAUUUCUCUUGUGCCUGCAUGUCCUAGCCAAAUAAAGGGCUUUUGGUAGCCAUUUUGAAACCAACUCAGCGGAUGAUGUGAUCUGAGGUAAGCAUGUAAGGUCCCCUGCAUGGAAACCUAAUGUCUUUAUACAGUAAACCUUGGAUAAAUCGGAUUCGUUUAAGUCAGAUUUUCCCUUACCUUGGAUAAAAUCGCUUGGUUUUUUUCAAACAUUUGAUUUGUCAUGUUCUUAAUAAAUCCCCCGCCUAAGUCAGAUCGCGAAAGUCAGAUUUUUUGCUUUUCUCAGACAAAUCAACCUGGAACAUUUGUUAAAAUACUGUGUAUUUAACCUCUUUUAAGUUGGAUUGACCAAAAAAAGAUUUUCGUACGUUAAGUCAUUCCAGUAAGCUCAGGGAUUUGGGGAAUUUUUGGUAUUUCCCUGUCGAGAUCCAUCAUUGCGGCGCUGGUUCCACCUGGUUUUCACAGCAGUAAUAUCUGCAGUACCACGUCACAUGGGCUGCACGUGUACACAUUCUACCUUCAAGCUGCAGCCUAUAACUUCUGCUUGAGCUCCGUGUCUUGCUCCACUCCCAUUGCCGUACUGCGUGAAUGAACUUGAUUUCUGGCUGGAAAAAAGGCUAUACAUGUAUACCCAUGUGAUCACAGGCUGCAUUUUUUAUUGGAUAAGGUGGCUGGGCUACAUGGAAGUACAGCUACCAAAGUACACAUGCACUGUGAUGUCAUUGCUCGAGGUACAAGCUUGUGUGAUAGGAUCAGGGAAACAUGUUGGGAGUUUCUCUCUUCAGUAUAUGUAGUGCGGAAAUAAAAUGUUUGACAUUAGAAACCUCACGAUAUUACUUUCAUAUUUUUUGUGGGCAGUGGCCGUUGUAUGGCUGGCGAUCAGUGACUGUGUAAUGCAUUUCAUCUUCUUUACGUGAGUCAGAUUUUUGCCAAAGUUGGAUAAAAUUGGUUGGCCCCAUCAGAUCCGAGUUAUCCGAGGUUUACUGUGUAUUUUUUUUUUGGCUAUUUUUGAUUUUGGAUUGUUGCUUGGCUAAAGGACGAUCAUUUUUUGGGUCGAUUUUUAAGGUCCAUUUCCAAUUGCUAAAUACACAGAGCACUGUCCCAUGCUGAGGUACAUUAAUGGUUGAUUAAUCAUUUUCCAACACAAAAUGUCCACAAGAUUUUUUUGUCCAAACUAGCCCAUAAAGGGCACUCUGGCAAAACGAGUCUCAGCGCUCGGAAGAUUUUGAAUUGCGGUAAGGCUAAGAAUAUUCCAGUUCCCCUCCCCCUUCGACAAUCAUGCCUUUUGUUAAUUGUUAACGGUAGAGUGAAAGGCAGACAGGUUCGAAAGUUGGACAGCGUGGGCAGGAUUGACACGACUGCUACAUUCACAGUCAGUUUAAAUUUGGGCGAUACUUUCUCAGUUUCAUUAUAAAACAUGUCCGUGUGUGUUUGUUUAAACGUAAUGAAACACAAGAUCCAACAAUUGAACACUUGUCAUUGUGUUGAGAUAACCCACUCUCUUCCAUUUUUAUUUGACAUAAUUUUCUGAGUCAUCAGCAUCACAUUCUGCUGAAAUGCUGUUUAAAUACGGAUAUCAGAUAUCAUUCCAAAUUGUACGUAAUGACAGCACAGUUGAUUUCUUCAACGGGACUCGGUAUAAUAAAAAUAAAAGUCCUUUCUAUUGUUUACUAAAUAAACCUUGGUAUGGUUCAGUGAAGUUAGAUCUAACUCUUAAAGAGCACCAUUUUUAGGUAUAAAAUGUGGUUGUCCUUUCUGUCUUACUCUAAAAGCUUGUGUUACAUGUACAUCAUUGGAAAAAAAAUUACAUGGUGGUUAAAAUAUUUAUUGAAUAUAAAUUAUGCAAAACAUCUGUAAACAUGUGCACAUAACUUUGAAGUAAGUCUUUCUAAUAAAUAUGUUGACAUUUGAAAGUGGGUGGGUGUUUAAUGUUUUUGCAGUUGAUCUUUAUGAAACACCCAGUGGUGUAUCCAGUGGGGGGGGGAAUUGCCUCCCUCGACGGAAAUUUUUGCAGAAUUUGUUUUUUAAAACAAAGAAUGGAUGAGUAGGAAAGAAAUUAUGCAGUAUAUUUAUUUAUCAAAUAUUGGCACCAAAUCCCUAAAAUACCAAAUAUGCAGCAACUAAAAGCAAGGAUGUCAGGACCACAAGUAAGGCCUUUGCUUUUUUUACUUCACGUUGAUUGAGCCCGAAGACGCAUUCACCUUUGGAUUCCCCCCCCCCCCCACCACACACACACACCAAAGCUGGAUACACCGCUGGUAACACCGUUAUCAAAUUUAGGGGAUUUUUUCUUCAAAAAGUCUUGCUUCAGCCUGAGCAAAGCACCCUCAUUAAUGCAUGUUUUUUUUAAUACAAUAUUGCAAACUUAAAUAUUUUUUAAAUGAGAACAGCCUCUGCGGGUGUUGCUUCCCAAGUUCUGCCAGGCAUGCCCACGGCAGCCUUUUGGCAAGGUAACGUGACUGAGUACUGAUGAUUUUUCACUUGGCAAUAAAGCCACCUUUGGGAGUUCUGCACACGGACCUUAAAAAAAACCCAGGACUCGCAAUGUCUUCGCACCGAGUGAGGCCACCGGCGGCCAUUUUGCCGUGCCCAAUACAAAGGCAUUGUUUGGCGGACUUGCCAUCGUAACUAUGGAUGGAACAAAUGAAUUGGGUUAGCAGCAGCAAGCAAGCGUUUAUAUCCUCAUUGUAUUCAGCACAGUAAAACGGCCGCCAGUGGCUUCAAUGACCUCUGUGUACUAUGAACAGCACUGUGGGUCCAGAUUCUUUGAAUGAAGUCCGUAGUUCUGCAGUCUUAGGGAAUUGGGGACUGGUUCCCAUGCAGUGGCUGAUGAUGACACCUGGCCAACAUUUAGUUGAAACACUUCCUGAGAUACAUGUAUUCAUUUCAUAAAAUCUUACGAACUCUUAGGACUGCUCUAAAAGCUUCCAAUUUUUUUUUUUCAGUUUUGAAUUUCAGGCACACAUAAAUACUUUCAAUUUCCCUGAGUUGAAACAGUCAAAAUGAAUAACCUUUCUUUUAUUUAUACAUGUAACUGAGUUAUGAUUACCAGAAGGUUAUAACAAAAAUGUAAGCUAGAAAAAAUACUGUUCAAUAAGCCAUGUUAACUCCAAGCGUGUAAAAUUUCCAUGGCACCUUGGGAAGAGAGAGUUUAAAGACACAAAUACACACCCAGCUAUUGCAA